CUGCGACGAACGAGUUUACGGCUACUAUGCUGACACAGAGAACAGCUGUCAAGUGUUCCAUGUGUGUUAUCCUUAUGUUGACGUCGACCUUCUCAUCAAAGUGAGGAUGUUCUCCUUCAUCUGCGGCGAAGGACUUGUAUUCGAUCAGUCGAGACUGGUAUGUGACCUCCCAGAAAACUCCAUCUCUUGCGACGUAGCUACUCAGUACUUCGAUAUCAACAAUUACUUUGGGCGAGAAGACCUCAAUUUCGGGGAAGGGCAAAUCCCCAAAGCACCUGAGAGAGAUUUUCAGAUACAGUCGUUUGCUGAAUUCAGUCGCAAUCUUCAGUAGAACAGGAAUUUUCUCUAUUUUAGCAUUUAUGGUAUGAGAAUGUGAGCCUAUUCUACUCUUCCUUAUAAGUGUUUCUUCCAAUAGUUUACUUUAACGCCGCUGAGCGGCGAUUAUUUUUGUUUUUAUGCUACAUAGAAUGUUCAUUUUAAUUGUAGUCUGUUUGCUAAAUGAAGGUAGAUUUUGUUGAUUAUACAAUUUAUGAACACUCGACACAAGAAUAAGACAAUUGUAAAAAUGUCUUUAGGUUUUGCAUUUUAGAAUCUUUAUAAAUUUACUCAGAUUGCUUGUUUCUACUUUCUUGCGUCUGGAGUGAAAAUGUAGGCUGGUCCUACCGUCUUUUUGUUUAUUUUUACUUCUGUGUACAUUAUUGAUGUUACUUUUGUGGGUAUAUCAAAAUAAAGAUAUGACAAAUUUA